ACAUGACAUGCGCCGUCAGCAGUCACCACGUGACCUCAUAGAUGACGGACACUCUGCUCCGGCAGGUGGCGCUGCCCUGACGUCACACAUGGAGGAAGAUAAAAACCGCCAAGCUCUGUUCACAUGGGGCUCGAACAGUUACGGUCAGCUGGGGCUGGGCAGCACAGACGACGCCAGAGCUCCUCGGCAAGUGCCAGGCUUGGGGGAGACGUGUGGCAUCCUGAAGAGCCUCACUGCUGGCGGGGGGCAUUCUGCUGCUGUUACAGAUUGUGGGAAGUUGUACGUUUGUGGUCAGAACAAGAGUGGUCAGCUGGGGCUGGGGCACUGCCAGGACCUCGCCCGCCUCACCCUGUGUACUGCCAUUUUGGACCUGUGCGUUGCCAAGGUUUCCUGUGGCUGGGACUUCUCCCUCAUCUUGACAGAUGGCGGGCAUCUGUUAUCUUUUGGAUCCAAUGCCUAUGGGCAGCUGGGAAACACCCAACAGAAGACGAGUUCAGUUCCUAAACUAAUUCAGAAUGUUCCUGAGAGGAUUGUGGACGUCGCUGCUGGUUUACGACACUCGUUGGCUGUUACAGAAAGUGGACAGACAUUACAAUGGGGCUCUGGACUGGCAUCGCAGGCAAAGAGAUUCUGCCAGGGGGGAUCAAUCCUUGGUUUCUACACAGCUCGGGAGCCUUGCCCAGUGCCAGGUUUGGAAACUGUAAAAGUAAAGCGUGUGGCGGCAGGUUCCUACCACUCGGUGGCGCUCUCAGUUGCAGGAGAACUGCAUGGAUGGGGCAGCAAUAAACACGGGCAGCUUCUUCAUUCUGAGCCCUUCCUACUGCAGCCUCGUAAGAUGGAUGGCGCAGCGUUCUCUGAAGAGAAGCUGAAGGCGGUGUGGAGUGGAUGGAGCCAUCUGGUCGCACAGUCUGAGACUGGUAAAGUGUUCACUUGGGGAAGAUCAGACUACGGACAGCUUGGUACCAGUGUGGGCUCUCCUUGUGCCAAGAGCCAAGAAGCUAAAGGGAAGUUCAAGCCCCCGCUGUGUGUCCCUGUCUUGACCGGAGCCUCUCAGGUUGCCUGCGGGUCAGAACAUAACCUGGCAUUAUGCGGGAAUGCGGUUUAUUCCUGGGGAUGGAACGAGCAUGGGAUGUGUGGAAACAGCGAUGAAGACGCGGUCCCUGCUCCAGCAGCGGUCAGCCUCCAGGCUCCCGGCAGAGUGGAGCUGAUCGGAUGCGGAGCCGGACACUCCAUGGUUCUGUGCACCGGCCACAGCUCAUCCGGAUGCAUUUUCUAUGGACACCGAUGAUUCAUAGAUCUACCGAAUUUCAUUGGUUCAUUCAAGAAAGCGGAAUAAAUGUGUGUAAUGCUGAAA